GCAGCGGGGCGGGCCGCCCGCUCGGGCCUUGCUCGCUGAGGCCGGGAGAAGGGCCCCGAUGGAGGCGUCGGGCUCCGGGGGAGCAGCGUCGGGCGGCAUUGCCCUCCACGACUUCAGCGGGCGACUGGGCGAGCAGCAGGUUCACUUCCACGCCAUGAGGCUGCGGGACUCUCUCUUUCUCUGGGUGGGCGCCGCGCCCGCCCUCGCCAGCCUGGCCGUCGCCAUGUGCAGCCCCCGAGACAGCAUCCCGGUGGCCGCCUCGCUGCUGGGGGAUCCCUCCGACACCGCCUCCGUCUGCCUGGCCCAGCGAUUGGCCAGCAAGACCAAAAAACAGAUAUUUGUCAGCUACAACCUACAAAACACAGACAGCAGUUUCACCUUACUCAUAGAAAACAGGAUCAAAGAAGAAAUGAUGGCUUUUCCAGAGAAAUUCUGACUUUGCAUAAUUGUAAAAUAGCCUGAGUUUUUGUUUUAGAAAAACUGUUUGCAAUUUUCACACUGACAUGAAGUUAGUGUUUUUGUUUUGAUUGAUUAUGCUGUUAUUAAAUAUAGAUGAACCUAAAUACAGUUGGGCUUGG